ACCUUGAGCCCCCCAGAACUUUUCCUUCCUGCAAGAAAAUUUCCAAACCAGAAUUUCCUGAUGAAAUUUCUGAACCAAUCCCCCGUGUGAGAUCCCUAAAUUACCCUACAGACUAUGCACUCUUGUGGCAGGGGCUUUCUCAUGUGUCCAUAUAAAGCCUAACUUGACAGGGAUCCAUAUUCCAACUAGACAUGCCAUUUUCUAAGAACAUUGUAAAACAAGAAAGAUUCGCCUUUUCCCUCUGAAUCAGACGCCCAGUUGUGCUUCUAGCAAAGCGAGGGGCAGCUCUGGCACCGACUUCGCAGGUGUCAUGGUCCAGCAAGCGACAGAGUCACUGGCAGCCGUUUGGAGGCAAGUCCGCCCCAGUGAGUAGCUCUGGCGAGGCGGGAGAGUCCCAGGGCGGCGGGGAAACUCCCCCUCCGCGAUAGGGAUCGGUUUGAUUGCUGCACUGGAUCUUUGGCCGUGGUCCCCUCUACAUUGCAACACUGAAAACAAUGGCAACAGAAUAUAUGAAAACGUGCUGUAAAUGGUGUUUCUGCAUCGAAAAGGAAAAAAACGAUCCAGUUUCCAUGGUGCAGGAAUUUGAAGCAGGAGCUGCAAGCAAGCCAACUAUUGUAGAGAAGCCUCCAUUGUCUUCUGUGUCAGUGAAGCGUCAAGUUGGCUGUUCAGAGGAUUAUUUGCUUUCUAAACUGCCCCUGGAUGGUCAGGAGGUACCAUUUGUGGUCCCUCCAUUCAAACUGGCUUAUGUACAGCCGAAGAACCUUCCUAGUAUCUCACAUGCUGGAGGGAUUAAAGAAUCUGCCAGGGCCUCAUUUGGUGACCGGAAAGCAGAGCUACACGGCGUGUACCAGUGGCCCCGCUAUGACGUGUACAACCCCUUCUAUUUGGAGCACCGGGUUUCACCAGAUCUGAUUAGGCGCUCCCAAGCAAAAUCAGAUAACAGGAAAUUAUAUGGAUCAGUUAGUGAUUUAAGAUCUAGUACUUUGCCUGGAUCAGUUGAUGUAAGUCGUUCAAUGUUUGAUCUCAGAAGCCCGCCUCAUCGAUCCAUGAAGAGAUAUGAUUCAGUCUCCAGUGUACCCAGCAGUACUUCUUCCAGGAAGGAUUCACAAGGCAGUAACAGGAGUCUGGAUACUAUUACAUUAUCAGGUGAUGAACGAGACUUUGGAAGACUGAAUGUGAAGUUGUGUUAUGUUUCUUCUGUAGAACAGAUUUGGAUCACAGUUUUACAUUGCAAAGACCUGUGCUGGCCUUCUAGCUGUGGGGAGAAUCCUUGUAUCUGCGUCAAGGGAAUUCUCACACUGCCCAAACCAGUGCAUUUCAAAUCUUCUGCCAAGGAGGGCUCCAGCGAUAUUGAAUUUAUGGAAACUUUUGUAUUUGCUAUUAAACUGCAAAGCCUGCAGGCUGUCAGAUUGGUAUUUAAAAUCCAGACACAGACUCCCAGGAAAAAAACAAUUGGAGAAUGUUCCUUGGCACUGCAGGAGCUGAGCUCGCAGGAAUCAAGUCAUUGGCUGGAUAUAUCUCCUCCUUCCAAAGCACCUGUGCGCCGUGCAGAACUUCAAAUAGGAACUUGUUUUCAAGCAAUAAACAGGAGGAUACAGUUACAGAUUCUUGAAGCACAAAACCUUCCUGUUUCAUCUACACCACUCUCUUCAAAUUUCUUUGUGAAAGUUGGAAUGUUUAGUACAGAAGGGAUGAUCUAUAAGAAGAAGACUCGUCUCCUGAAGUCCACUAAUGGCCAAGUGAAGUGGGGAGAAAUGAUGGUUUUUCCAGUUAGCCAAGCAGAACAAGGAAUUAGCUUUCUCAUCAAGCUCUACAGCAGAAGCUCAGUGAGAAGAAAACACUUCCUAGGACAGAUCUGGUUAAGUCCUGAUAGCAAUAACAGUGAAGCAGUAGAGCAGUGGAAAGAUACCAUUGCCAACCCUGAAAAAGUUGUUGUUAAAUGGUACAGCAUCGGUCCAUCUUGAAGACUGGAGAUGAAAUUCAGACCUGAUUUUUCUACAACAAUUCCUAUUCUGUCUAAAAUAGUAUAAAUAAAAAGAAAAAUAUUGUCUACACAAGUUCAGAAGUUCUUCACUGCAUCCUGCCUCUGUGGAAACUGAGGAAAUUCACCAAGAGAAAUAUCGGCUAAAUAUUAUUAAGAAGAAGACUUUAGGAACUGGGAAAAGUGUUCAUUUGAUUUAAAAAAAUCCACCUUGAAAAAAAGAUUUUUUCCCCUUUCAGGCUUCAUAAAAACACAGAAAUUCAGUCUUGGAGAGAAGCAGCUUGAAUCAACUCUAUUUUGCUAGUUACUGACAUUGUCUUUAUCUGCAGUCUUGUUUUUGGCAGACUCCAAAGUCCAUGGGUAUCAGUUGGGUCAGUGGCUUGAUCCUGGGUACCUGUGAGCCUCUGGGGUUGUUGACACCAUUUGGUCAGAGUAACACGUGCUUGAGCAAGUGGGAAAGCUGUGGCAGUAGAUGAAGGCAUAAAGGGAACUACAUAUGCAUUUUUGAUGAAGGGUUGUUCAGUACCUGACAUGCCUGUAGCCUGAGUUUGCCCCCAUCCUUCUCUCGAAACAGAGAGAUGGAAAGACAAGAGUUUCUUUGACUUAGUGAUCUUUGCAAGAGGGCCCCUCCAGACUUGCUCUGUUUGGGUAAAUUCUCUUUGGAAUAAUGCAGAGGCAAUGACCCUGCUUAGGAACAGAGCCAGUAUUUUUAGAUAAAUUACUUUCUUAUAUAGAGUACUUAUACGUAAACCACUUCCUAUCUAAUCAACAAGGCUCUAGCGUUUGCUUACAUUGCCAAAACCCAGACUAACAUGUACAAAGGAGCAAAGAUUUACUUACAUAAGUGCUUUUUGAUAUUAAUUAAAAUGUAGCACUGUAAGGGACUUUGUUUAAAGGAUAGGCUACUACUGCAGAAGUAUUUGUUACAUGUCUACAAUGCUGAAAAGUUAUGUGUGGGAAUAUAUUUUUAUUACUUGUUUCUAGUAAGAAGAAAUUACCAUACUUUUAUUGCAAAUUAUAUUUUUCCUACAAAAUCCCAAAAUUAUUUUUUCUGUUAGUUCCCAUAUUUUCAGAGGGUUGUUCACAGUUAUUUUUAAGAGGGGAAAACACCAUGUAUAUAAUUGAUAAUAUAUAAAUCUAAAAGCACAGACCUCUUUGCACUACUUUAACUAUCAGAUUGGAAAAAUACCUAUAUAUUCCAUUAAAUCCACUGCUUACACAUUUACUGUUGGCUGUCUGGACUGUACAAAUAUGUAUAGCUUUAAGGAUGCUGAAUAAUUCCACCUUUCUUCAUAACUUGGAUCCGGUUCCAACAUCUGACAGGAACUUGCACAGCAAUGAGAGCGCUCACUGCUGGAAGGCAAAGGAACAUGGGGAGCAGAGAAAAGACUGUAACAGGAAAGCAUGUCCUCUUGAGCAUCUUUAUUUCAAUAUUUUUGUCUUUGAGUUAAGUGUUCAAGAAAAAAUGGAAUCUCUUCGAUUUCCCACCCCCAAAUCAGUUGAAAAUUGAAACUUUUGAAACUUCAAUCAUCCAGAUUUUGGUUGUUGAAAUUUAAUAUUUUGAAAACAAAAGGAUUUUCCCAGGCUCUUAUAUGCUCUGCUUUUUGACCAGUCUUUAUAAAAGAACUGAAAAAGGUUUUGCAUGUUACUUGGAGAACAAACGUCGGUUCUAGCUCUUACUGACACUCUUUGCAAAGCUCCCGGUAGGCCCAGAGGAUCUUGACUGACAGUGUUAACUUCCAGCCAAGUUACACUUCUUGGGAGGACCCUGUCCUGUUGGGUAAAAUGAAAAAAGGAACUGGACCGAACUGAUACUUUUGGAUUAUCUUUACUUGAAUACGUGGAUCUUUUUUAUUCAUUGUGGCUGAACAUUUUAUUCAUUGUGGCAGUAAACAAAAGUGCAAACUAACCAUUUCCUUAUGCAGAAUGCUGUUCUGUUUAAAAGAGAGAACAAGAAAUAUCCCAGGGUUUUAUAGACUUCCAUUAACACAGCAGUGGUUCUACAGAGAUUGCCAACUCAGUAGAUAUGUGUAAAUGGACUUUUGGGGCUGCUUUAGGACACCUAGCCUUCUAAAGGCCUAACUAGUCUCUUUAUUCCUACAUUAAUAUUUAAUCUAUGUGUUUAUAAUAAAAGAUACGAACAGAAAAUAUUCCCUUUUUUUCCCAGUUGUUUAUUCUAAUGUUUACCAGCAUCUUAAACUGAAGUCCUACUUUUUUCUCUGAGGAAAUCUCAGCUAAUGAACUCUCUUUCAUGUAGUGUUGCCUGCAGGAGAGUUAACUGCUGACACAUAAGCAAGAUGCACCCAGGUACUGGAGCACUCUGAAGAACAUACUCUGGGGCACUGCUUCAUCCUCUGCUCAUCCCCAGGCUGUGGGGUUUUCUGCAUUCGUGUGCCUUCAUGUAAGAAUUUAAGGAGUUCUUAAUAGUUGACUGUUGUCAACAGUUGUGCUUUUUUUCCUGUCACAUAAAGCAUUUUUCCAUGGUGAUUCAUUUGGGUCUAGAGCUUAUCAGUAUGGUUGUUACCUUAGACAACAGUCCUGAAGAAAAAACAUAAGACCAGGGGAUACACGCGUGUUCCCAGCACCAGUCCCAGGGUACAACUGCCUGUAAAAUGGGCUGUUCCAGCAGGUGUUAUUUCAAUUUGACUGUCUGAAACACCAGCUAGAAAUCACCUGGGAUGUCUUGCCUUUUAAGUGCAGAAUGUUUUGCUUUACUGCUUAGUGACUGCCUCACUAUAAAUGCAUGUGAGACUUAAGCUUCUUCAAAUUCAGCUCCUGGCUUAUUUGAGACUAAUGCAGUUUUCCAGAAAAGGAAAAUGAUGCAUCAUUUGAAGACCAAUCCACGAUAUAAAUUACCAAGGAACUUCAUGUACUCCAGGAUACAUGCAAGAAGAAGGAAAAAGAGGUGUCUCAGAACACUCUUCUAAUGGUCACAGCUGUAUGUUGUCCCUCUAAUGCAUGUUCAGCCACUGUUUUGAUUGUUACAUCCAAGUUUACUUCCAUUGAAAAUACUGUUAAGUAAGCUGUUUUGUCAGUUCACUUAAUUUGUAGAUAUAAGGCACACAUGGUUUAUAGUUGAAUUUGUUGUUGGUUCUAGUUAGUGACUCAGCUUCCUAACUUACAACAAUUCUGAUGAAAGCAGCACAGGUCAGAAGCUGCACCAGUUUUAUUUCGGUCAUCUCCCAAAUGAAUAUGGAUGAACUGGAAGAACAGUUAUGAUCUUAUAUUAGAUGUUAUUCAUACAGAGGUCUGUGCUUGCAUAGUUAGAAACCAACCAUAGACUAAACUUAAUCAGAUUUUCCAAAAUGUGUGUAUAUAAUUUCACUGGUUAAUCAAACAAUCCUGUUUUAUUUAUUUAUGACUAAUAGCAUUCUGUAUGUAAACAAGGUCAACAAAGUUUUUCAAGUUUUUUACAUCUCAACAGCAUGGCAUGGCAUUCCUUUUAAGGAAAAAAAUUGUAAGAUUCUACCUCAGAAGAUGAGUGGGUGUAACAGCUUGUAAACCAUACCAUCAUAAAAUAUUACUUGGAAAAUAAUUGUAUUUGAGCAUCCGAUCUUUUGUGAUCACAACAUAAAUAGUGCCAUAUUGCUAAAUCCAUUAGGCAUCCCUAGUUUUUCCUUUUGUUGGCAGGACAUUUUUAUAAAACAAAAGGUAUUUUUGUAAGCAUUCAAUUAAGCACAUAUGGUGUUUGACUUGAAAACUGUCUGCCUGAUGGAGGUUCCUUUUAGAGUUAUGAGUUGAUUUUCAGCCAAAACACAAGGUUGUCUAGAAAUCUGGGGCAGGGUUGUCCCAGUUCUUACUUUCAUCCUGCCAACAUACGUAUGACAUGGGAGGGAGGCUGCAUAGUUGUGGAAAGCUUGGCAUAAAUCAUACUGGAUGUGAUAUACCCUCCUUGUUUUUCCAGCUUCUGCUGUGAAAUUACAUCACCAUGUAAAUACAGCCCUGUACAUGAUCUCAUGCUUGGUGCAUGGAAAAAGCCAUCACUAAAAUCAGCACCAUGUUUCACAAACACUGCUCCAGCACAUGUACAUUCUUUUCUCUAGCUUGCACUGAGGAACAGGCUAUUGUCUCUCAGUCUAUGGCAAAACUCCCACUGCAUUCAGCAGAAGCAACCAGUCUUCAAAGCUGGUUUAGUUAUUUCAGCAUUGAGAUAGUAUGAUUUAUCUAAAAGGUUACAAGCAGCUUAAAUUUUUUAUAGUUUUUAAAUAGUUAAAAAUCUCUUCACAGUGAUUUUUCUGUAGAAACUGAAUUUCAUUGAGAGUGGAUCUCCAUCUCUUAACAUAAUGCAAUUCUUCCCAUAGAUUUCAGUCUUUGAAAUAAAUCCACUGUGUUGAUUAUUUUCCCCUUAUGUCUGAGUGUGCAGUUUUUUCCCUUCCUUUGAUUUGACUGUAGACUGCUCUUCUGCCUCAGCAUAAACAAGUGUGUAAAUGGUGUCUGCUUUUUGCAAUUAACUUUCUGCUUUUCUAGUAAUGUUCCCCCCUUCUUUACCUAGUACUGGGACCAACAUUAUACAUGUUUGACUUGCUGUUUAAAGAACUAGCUACAGGCAGAAGGCUUUCAUCCUAGCACUUGGCUCAUGUCUCAUGCUCUGCAUUUCUGAGCUACCUUUGCUCACAGCUUCAAUGGUGUGGUUCUUUUGGAGCUCCCCAAAUUCCUGUGUUGUCUACCACCAUUGAAUACAACAAUGGGAUAACUCAGUUGUAACUUCUUAAAGAUACCCAGGUAUCUUUACUUGCCUUUCUCCUCCUCCAAAAAUUAGCUUAGGAAAUCAUUUUGGAUGUUGAGAAGGAGCAAGCUGUUUGUGCUUCUGAGCUUAAGGGACAGGAGGGUUGUUUGACUGCCACCACAGUGCUCUGAGAUGAAGAGAAAGGCUCAAGGAAGAGUCAUGAAAAGCUGCACCUCCAGGUGGAGGGAGGCCUGCCUGUACCUCCUGCAUAUAUGAUCUGGGAAAUGCUUACUAAUCUGGGGAUUGGGAUCCGUUGUCAGAUGCCCAAAGGAAAGGGUCAUCAUAUUGUACUUUUUAUCCUUGUCUUGCAAAAGAGCUAUGUAGCAGCUAAAUAGGGAAAUUUUCCAUAAGAGGAAUGGGAUGGUUCCCAGAUUUCUAUAAAGCAGAGAACUGACUAAAAGAUCUCAGGACUUUGAAAAAAAGCAGUCAUAGAAAGGUACUUGUUAGUGUUAAGUAUAGCCAAGCUUUGUCACUUGUCAUAGGAGAGGAGUGAAUUCUUCUUUUAUGAUACAUAGCAGAAGAAAAUGGCACGUGCACCCAAAACAGGGCUGGUCUCCUCUGCAUUGGUAUCAUUAGUCCUUCCAACACUGAGGUGGAACUAAACACACUUAGCUGCCCAUUUUCCGGCAGUAAGGGCAGAUUGGGUGGGGAAUUGUUAAAGGGAGGUUGUGAAGGAGCAUAAUAAUAAAAGCAUGAAUAAAAGCAGCACUUUUGUUUGGAAAAACAUUGGUUUUGAAAGCAAUGUAACAUGCCUGUAACUAUUGACAAAGCUUUUAUUUGACAUGAGUAAAGACAGAUGAUUACGCACUUAGGUAUUUGCUUAGGUUCUUUCAGUAUUUCCCAGCAUAAGACUGGAUUCAUCCUCUUUGUAUUUAUAUAAUGCUUCAUUCUGCUGCGUUCACUGACCCUUGAGCUCUAGACCUAAUUAUGCCUGAUUUCUUAUGGCUUUGUCCAUCAUGGCUGAUUGACUUCAGUGUGCAAAUCCGGAUAGACUUUCUUCGAUGUUUUUGCUGCACAUCAGGUAGUUACAAAGUUUCUCUCUUAGAUGAAUUCUCUCAUUUCUAAUCAGAGGUGAGCUCAUGACAGCUAUUCCUUCACCUGGGAAACUGGGAGCUGGCUCUCCCUUUCCUACCUGAAUGUUCUUGGGUUUUCUUAAAACCUUUAGAAACAGAAUUAUCUGUGACAUCUUCUGCCAUCAGUCAAAUUUGGCCACAAUGACUAAUGAGCUCAAAAAUUAUUGUGGACCUUGGAAGAGAAAUGAGCGAAAACAAACUCUGCUGCUUCAGGACCCUGAGGCUCAGUCGUGUUUUCCUCUGUUCUACCACAGAACAGAGAAGCUUUUCAGAUCACUGCUGAUCAUGGUUCCAGCAAUACUAGUUCUUGAGGCAGCUCAAGCUCAAGCUUUAAAGAAAUAUUUGUUAAAGCAUGGACAUUUUGAAGCAUGAUAUUUUGUGCUAUGGAGCUGGCCACUUGCUGGGGUUUCACAGUAAUGCAGUUUUAAAGAUCUGGGUGAAGAGAGUUUUGAUGUACCUUGAAACUACCAUUGACUAAAACCAGAAGCAGAGGUUUAAUUAAGGUUAGUAUUUAGAAAUGCUUUAAAAGCCUAAUUUUUAGAUAAUAAAAUAACCAGUAGCAGCGGACUUCAAGUCCCCUUCUAAUAUCCAGCAUGUACAUCUAAUUAGGACUCCAUUAAUGCUCACAGGGAAUAAUAUUGCAUUUUUUAAAACAUUAGCCUUACUAUAUUUAAGUCAGCACUGACCUUGAAAGGCUGGGUGUUCCACUGCCAGAGUGCUGGCUCUGGAACCUACACAAACUGUCCUGGACCUCAGGAGCAGGAUCUGAGACUUCUGCUUUCAGAUCUACUUUGUAACUUGUGCAGAACAUAAAAAAAUAACCAAUGGAAUCAGCUUAGUUUCAGGUAGUCUUAGUUGCCUUUGGAGCACAUAGGUUAUUGAGAGUUGUGAGUCUAUGGAUCUUGAUUUACUGUACAAAUAUUCCCUAAGAACCGGAUGAUUGGAUGAUGAAUCAAUGCAAAGCUUUGGAAUUUGGGGUUUUUUUAAAGAGCAGGACAGAUAAGCCCAAAGAGUUCUGAAUGACACUGACAAAUCUGCAAUCAAAUCUAUAUGACUGGCUCAAGCUGAUAAGCUUGAGUGGGAAAAAAAAGUGGGUCAGAAUGCCCAUGAAAGAAAAAUAGGGAAAAGCAGGUAAAAAUAGAGAGAAAGGGCUGCAAAAAUCAGGAUUAAUAUACUCACCUAAUUUCAAAGGCAAGGAAGUAAAGUCUUGGUGAUGUUAGAGGCACUUUACCAAGCUCUUGUGCUAAGGUGAAGUAGGAGUAGAAGAGGAUCUCUGAGACUUUAGUCUUUGCUGUGAUUUGAUAGACUUUGCUGUCUCCUCACAUUACACUUUUAGUAGACGAAAGGCAACCCUGAUGAUUACCAUUUGUUAGAGUAGACAAAUAGCACUGUAUGUAUAAAUUAAAGCCUUAAAUGUGAUGGAUUAAAAAAUGCACUACAAUGGGAUUUCUAGUAGUAACUUCAUGUAAUGCCAAAAUUCACAGACAAGGAAACAUA